AUGCCGGGUACCGAGAGGGCCCACGCCCACGCCUAUGCCCAUGCCCAUGCCCAUGCCCACGCUCACAUAGCGGGCGCUGGCGCCGGCGCCCACGCUGGGAGCUACGACCUGUUACGGCGAGCCACGCAGGCCAUGAUGUCCAAGUAUGUGCGACCAGACUCUCUUUUCUCUUCUCUUCUUUUCUUUUCUUUUCUUUUCUUCCUGCUUGAUGUGUUGCUGGCUCAUGGAGUCGCGCUUGAGACAAAGUCCCUCGCCAAGGUAUUUUGCCCAAGUAUAUCCAUCCAUCUCUUCGCCCGGGGUGAGGUGGUGGCCAGUGCCAAACUUGUCUCCCUGUGUCUGAUUUAUUCCGAUCCGCCGCUGCACAAUAUGGCUGGCUGGGCAUUUUCUGUGGCCUUCCUGUGGCAUUCCUAUGGCCCUCGCCAUGGCAUUCGUGUCAAACUCGCACACUUGCACACGCAGGUCCGUCACGUCAGCCCCAAGCAGCUCCCGUUGGCUUCUGGAACUCUUCUUGACCGCCAAGUGGUGGCCUGUUGGUUUGGUUACGGUCCUCAAGUGGUGCUGAUGGUUAGGUAG